AUGUUGCAGUUAAUACACAUUCCCCUGGAUCCGUCAGGGAGUGGCCACUAUCGACCGACCAGCGACACGUACAAGGACAUAGUAAAAGAAAUUUACCUGGCACAGAAUGCAUACAACCGAGAACACCCUGACCGUGACAAUGACAUUCCCGAUUGUGUAGUCCUGUCGACAAGCAACGAGGGCAGUCAGUUGGACACGCUGAAAAUACUAGCGGAUCUCGGAUUGGGAAGCGAUAGCAUGCUGCUGCUGAGUACGCUGAAGAACAAUACAAUCGGAGAAGCGGAGAAGUUGUAUCCGGGUCUUGUAACCUACAAAGCGUACUCACACCUGACUCCCGCGGCGGCUAAUGAGACCGGGUGUUUUCUGGGGCACUUGACGAGCCUUAGAGCCAGAUACGGCGCGUUUAUUGACUCGAUCAAGGGAUUGCAAAGUACAACUGCGUAUGGUAGGACCGAUGAAUUGAACGAGUUCAUGGCAUCUUUACUUAUCGGAAUACAAACACUCCAAAUGGCGAUGGUCAGGGGUGAUUGCCAAAGCACAACAGGUCUUACAGAUUGUAUUUCCAAGGGCAUCAAGGACUCCUGUGCCGCCAUAGCUGGCAGCAACAAUACUGAGUGCCUGAGUCUGGGUACCGAUCAACUUGAUGUUGAAACAUGGUUCGGCAGAGUAAUCUAUGACGAUAACAUGCUUCGUGUGGGUCACGCAUUCAUUGUCGAACCGAUAGGACAGAUGGCCCUUAGCGAUAUACCCUCUACCAUACCUUACGCGUUCCCUCGCAGAACCACUGAGGAGCCCUCUACAGUUUUGCGGGACGAUUAUUGGUGCAUUGGCAGGGCUAGGUGUUGUGGGAUUAUGCUGUCGUACAUCUCACUGUUCUUUUUGAUCGCUGAGGUGAAUGUGUGGAUGUGCGAUGCGUGGGUGUGGUGCGUAUUCCUGGGCUUUGAUUUUGCAUUCAUCGCUCUCCUUAUCAAGACUUACCGGGUAGACCAGAUCUUCAGCUCUAUCCAACGACGGGAUCUGCGAGACCGCUGGCUUUUGCUAAGGAUGUUUGUGCCGUUGAUGGCCUUCUUUCUUAUAUAUCUAAUACUUUUCAUGGUUAUAGAGCCCAUGGAGGUAGACUUAGUUGUCGUAGCGGAGGUGAUGUGGGAGGAGUGUGACCUGAAUACACCAGGCAUCUUUGUUGGGAUCACGAUCCAAGGUAUCUUGGUACUCUGGGCUGCGAUCCUAGCGUUCAAGGUGCGAAACGCUCCUUCCAAGUUCAACGAGUCAUUCUUGAUCAGUGUGUCGGCUGCUGAUACACAGAUGAGCCUGCUCUUCAUCUAUGCAUACAUGCCGAUUACUGUGAUGCUGCUGAUGAUGCUCAUCCCCAAAGCUCAGGCAAUCAGAAAGAACGGAGACGAAGGCAGGUCCACUAAUGGACUGGACACCACUGAACGCAUCGAUGGAAGAACAUUAACACAAACUGCUAAUGCGGCUGCGAGAGGGAGUAAUUCAUGCCCGCUGAGGGCAGAGAUUGCCCGCCUCCUAGCAGAGAAUAUACAAUUAACCAACCAGAUGAAGAAGAUGAACAACCCUCAUACACAUACCUUGCUGAAAAAGGAAAAAGAACGAGAGGUCCGCAGUAUACAUGAUCCGCCGAAGACUUUUGGACAGGGAGAUCUCGACAACGGAAAAGAGACACGGUCCGUAAGCACCGAGUCUUCGGUUCAAGACGCUGCAGAUGUACUUAAAGUAUGACUCUGCUCACCUAAUCUAGUAGAAAAUAUUAACUAACAGCACAUGCAAGUACAGCUUUAAACUUUAUGUUGUAAGUGUAGUGAGUAAAAGUGCAAAGCCUGGGCGUGCAACGUGAUAGGAAGGCAGAACCAUCACUGACAAAGUGUCUGCUUGGGCAACGAUUUUGCCAGUAAAGUUUAUUAGGAGUAACUCGGAUUCGUAUACAAUACAAGUCACAAAAACAAGUCCCUAAUAUGGCAGAUAAUUUGGUAAGCAACACGACCUCAUCUGUACCACGGGCAGCUGAUCUACCAACGACUUCAAAUCGAUAACUAUGUUCAAAUUCUUGCAUGAGAUACAGCACUGAUGCGGUAUAUC